AUGAAUUUGUCUUAUUAUGACCCCCGAGUAGAGCUGUUAACAUUGACUACACCCAUCAAUGCGACUCAAGCCUUUACAUUUGGGUUGCCGGCAAAAAAUGUGUCAGCUAUCUGCAUUACCCUCAGUUAUUUACAUGAUAGAAGGAUGUGGGCAUCGGCUUUCCUGUUGCAGCUUACCUUAGCUUCCUCUCUCACUACUGCCUGCAAGUUUCUUCUCAAGCCUUUUGUCCAGGCUAGCAUUGUCGGUCAGAUCAUGGGUGGCAUUAUGGGAGGCCCAUCAGGUCUUGGACACAACCUAGAAGUAACGCUUCCAUUUAAGAGCCUAUAUAUACUUGAGACGUUUGCCUCUUUUGGAUGCAUAUUGUACGUAUUCCUUGUGGGAGUAAAAACGGAUGUAAGCCUGAUAAAACGUACAGGAGAAAAAGAAUGGAAGAUAGGCGUCUCAGCUUUCAUAUUCCCCAUAUUAGCGGGCAUUCCUGCUUGUUUCUUUCUAAAACGAAAUCUUGGCAUAGACCACGAAUUGCAAAGCAUGUUAGUAAAUGUCUCGUUUCUGGCUUCUUCAUCCACAUUUCAUAGCAUUGCUUGCUUUCUCGACGAUCUUAAACUCCUUAAUUCCGAACUUGGUCGCAUCGCCCUGCCCUCGUCUAUGGUUAGCGGGGCUAUAAGUUAUGUUGCAAUGGGUAUUCGUAUUGCUAGGUCGAAAACAAACUUGACUCAAGGCGGGUAUAGAAGAACUGUCUCCGCAAUCUGCCUGAUAAUUUUCAUUCUUUGUCCUCUCCGUUACCUACUGAUUUGGAUAAUCAAACGAACUCCAGAAAGAGAACGUGUUAAAGAAUCCUAUCUGGGUUUCAUCGUCCUAUUGGUAUUGGGAACUGCAUUCGCUGGUGAUGUAGUUGGCAUACAUGCCUUAACUGGACCUGCAUUGUUGGGCUUGGUAUUACCGGAUGGAUCCGCUUUAGCAGCUAGCCUCAUGGAAAAGGUUGAGGCCUUUGUUACCUUCAUAAUAGUGCCGCUCUACUUUCUUUCUUGUGGUCUGUUUACGGACUUGCGCAGCAUAAGUUCUAGUGCUUACUUUGCAGUUCAGUUUUUAGCGGUCCUUAGUUUCUCAGCUAAAUUUCUUGGAGUCACCUUGGUUUCUGUCUUCCUCUGCGACUUUGCUCUCAAAGACGCUAUUAUUCUUGGCCUCAUGUUGAGCGCAGUAGGAGUUUUGGAUAUCCAAUAUUAUCGCCGAGGUAUUGAGUAUGGGCUAAUUGAUUACCGAUGUUUCGGUGUUCUGAUCACAUCAGGCAUGAUAAUAGUAGGAUUCAUCUCAUUCGUGGUGAAAGCACUUUAUGAUCCUUUUGCAAGGUACAUUGCUCAUGAGAGACAUACAAUACAACACUUUCCCAACAAUGUAGAGUUUCGAAUCCUGGCCUGUAUUCACAGUCAAGAAUACGUCCCCAGCAUCAUCGACCUCCUCGAGGCCUCCAAUCCUACAAGAGAAAGUCCGAUAUGCAUCUAUGUUCUUCACCUUAUCGAGCUCGUUGGCAGGGUUUCACCUUUGUUUGUUCACCAAUCCCUGGGAGCACAUUAUCCUCAUGAUCACCAUCAACAUCACCGCAAACAUGCGAACUCGGUUUGCAAGCCAAGUGAAAAUAUCAUCAAUGCCUUCAGAAUCUUUGAACGAAAUAAUAAUUCACUUGUAACCUUCCAAGUCUUCACUGCAAUUUCUCCUCGGGCAACCAUGCACAAUGAUGUUUGCAUGUUGUCGGUUGAUAAGAGGACACGUCUCAUAAUCAUCCCAUUCCAUAUAAAAUGGACAGGUAGUGACAUAGCGACAGAAUCACCGGAACUUCGCAGUGUCAAUCUCAAGGUAAUAGAUACAGCCCCUUGCUCUGUUGGAAUUCUUAUUGAUCGAGGCAGUAAAGGAGGCCCAAGAUCUGUUCAAGGAUCUUGGUCCCUUUAUCGCGUCGGUGUAUUCUUCAUUGGAGGACCUGAUGAUCGUGAAGCAGUGUCAUAUGCAACACGUAUGGCAAAAAAUCCACGUGUAACGGUGACCGUAAUGAGACUUAUUGCUUUCUUGGAGAUUGUUGAUAAUAAUAAUGAGGAGAAGAGGCUAGAUAGUGUAACUAUCAGUAAUUUUAGGCAAACAAAUGCGACGGGAAACAGAGCUGUGUACAAAGAGGAGAUUUUGACGGACAGUGCAGAAGCAUGUCACUUCUUUCGUUCAAUAGAGAACGAAUUUGAUUUGAUAUUGGUAGGAAGGCGAACGGAGUCGCCACUCCUACUUGGAUUAUCGGAUUGGAAAGAGUACCCAGAAUUGGGAUUGAUAGGGGACUUGUUGGCAUCCCAGGAUUUCAAAGGGAAGGUUUCAAUCCUAGUGGUACAACAACAUAUAGUAGAGUCGAGGAUCAUUCUAGAUCAGAAUAGCAAUCAAGAAGAGGACCUUUUACAUCAAAAUUCAACUACUGCUAUUAGGCGCUCUGAAAAUAUAUGGUAG